AUGGCGUCUCGAAACCGGGUAGGGCUCUGGCGAAGACCUACCGGCCCGCUCCUGGGCGAAACUCUCGUUCCUCUUCCCUCCCCGUCGUCUUCCUCUCUCUCCUCUUCUUCGUCUCCCUCUUCUUCCGCCUCUUCUCCUCUGUGGCAGUCUUCCAAGUCUCUGAGUCCAUGGCAACCUGGUCCCGGAGAUAUCGAUGGAGGGAUCGGUCCUCGCGUGCUUGAUUUCUUCGGAGGCGCUCGCGAUGAAGGGAUUCGAACGGAGGACUCGCUCCGCGGCUCCAGUGUAUAUACACCCGGGAAGGCUGCCGAGUCGGCCUCCCCCUUCCCCGACUUCUCUCCUCGAACUCACUUCAAUCUCGAUCGAUCCAUCACCUGGUUUCCUCCACACAUGAACCGGGCAACGGUGGCGAUCGAAAAGAACCUGAAGCAUGUGGACUGCGUCCUGGAGGUUCGUGACGCACGAGCGCCGCUGACUAGUGGCAACAACUUCCUGACCGACCGCCUGGCGCGCAGCGGCGUGAAGCGUCUCGUCGUGCUCAACAAGGCAGAUCUUGUCCACAAGCGAGAUGGCCUGCGCGCACAGGCGGUUCUUGAAGACGCGGGGCUGCCGUGUCUCCUCACCUGCGCGCCGGAGUUGAAGAGGGUGUCGAAGAUUGUCGAUUUCGCCUUUGAGCACGUGCGGCCGAAAUUCAAGACGAUCGGCGUUUGGAUGCUCCUCAUGGGGUUGCCCAACACCGGGAAAUCUUCGCUGCUCAACGCCAUGAAGCGUCUGGCGGUUAACGCUUCAAGGUAUGGCACCUCGAGCAACAAGCUAGUCGAAGGCGUGAAACGAACGCGCGCAAAGGAGGGAAAAGCGCCUGGGCUGACGAAGGAGGUCGGCGCGUUCCAGAUCUCGAACAAACCUCGCCUUUUCUGCUACGACACGCCAGGCAUCAUGCUCCCAAAAAUGAAGGACGCAGAGGUGAAUUUGAAGCUGGCGGCGCUGGGGUGUAUCGACGAUCACCGCGCAGGCGAAAUGUACGUUGCGGAUUAUAUUCUGUACCAUUUGAACCGCAUGCGGUGCUUCUCCUACGUCGACGUCAUCGGUUUGUCGCGUCCGACAAACGACAUCCAGGAGGUCGCCGCGCACAUCUUCGACGUCGUCUACGCCCUGAAGACGAACCGAAGGCGCGUGCCUCCUGCGCCCGACCUGUUGAGCGGCUGUCGGUUCUUCACGGAUCUUUUCCGAGGAGGAAAAUUCGGAUUCUUCUGCCUCGACCAUUUGCCGGCUCCGCAGUGGGCGGAGGGCGGCGACUCAGAUGCCCGGCGGGAACCUCCGGGACCUUGGGGGCCGUGCACCGCAGGCGCGCCCCUUCCUGGUUUCGUUUGA